AGUGCUUUUACAAGCCAAAGCGGUCAGAAAAAUUGCUCCCACCAAACUGGGGAAGUUUCAACUUUCAAGUCACAACUCAGAAAAACAACUGCACAACACAGUCAAUCACCCAUGAGCAAAAUACGUUUCUACACCUGAGUUACUCUGCUCUCCCUCUUUUCUGCUAUAAGGAAGCUUGGAUGUGUGUGUGUGUGUGCCCCCCCGCGCGCGCUUGUUGAAGCCCGUUUGAUAAUGGGUUUUAUGAGAAGGAUAGCAAGCAUACUUGGGUUUCUGAAAGAUGAUCAUCACGAUGUGAACGAUGAAGAUGAAGAUGCAGAUGGGCAUCGUAAUCGUGGGCAUAAGGCAGAAACUCGUCGAUCCAUCUCGGGGUUUAGUGUUGAAGUUCCAGUUGCCGUUGAUAGAUCUUACUUGGGUCCUGUUCUAACCCCCUGCGAUCGCGGCGAUGGCGGAGUUCAGGGCUUGAGAUGGUUUGCAAAACGGCUACGUAUAGAUGAAGAUGGGGAUGUCGCAGAAGAGUUCCUUGAAGGGGUCUUACAGGGAAUGCCAUCCGGUAUGGAUGACCAUAAAUCCUUACCAAAGUUCGUGGUGAAGUACAGCACAAGACAGGCUAAAGUGAGGAAUCAGGUAAUUGCCAUUGAUGGAAGAAUCAUCCAUUAUGUGGAGUUCCAGGGUCGACUAAUGUGGGUGUAGAUCAGAAGACUACCACUGUCAGUAAAGCAAUCUAUAAUUUUUGAAAGUUUUCAUUUCAAUUGAUUCUGUUUCUUAGUAGGACAAUAUUGGGGGUGGUCUGUAGUGUGUAUAUAUAUAUAUAUAUAUAUCAAGUGAUGAUUGAUAAAAA